ACUGAUUAAUGAUGAAUACUUUAUGAGGAUUAAUUUCCAUCGAUACUUUGCUUUCUUCGUCAGUCAGUUGAAUUUCAUUUCAUUUCAUUCCAGCCGUUUCAUUCAUUCUUCAUCUACCCCACCAUCCCCAUCCCCAUCCCUAUCCCUAGAUUUAGGACAACAUCACCAUCACCCCCUAAUCAUUUUCUGUUACACCUUCACCUCCAUCGUAUCAUAUAGUAGUAGUAAUGGCGAAGUGAAUGAAUACCCGAUCUGAAAUCAUUUAGAUCCAUUCCAAAUGGGUUUCUUCAGUACAAUUUUUGGUUUUUUCGGAUUUGGUGUUGGAAUUUCAAUUGGUCUCGUUGUUGGUUAUUUUCUCUUCAUCUACUUUCAACCUACAGAUGUUGAGGAUCCUAAGAUUACGCCAAUAGUGGACCAAGACGAUGAGACUUUGCAAAAAAUGCUUCCUGAGAUUCCCAAUUGGAUUAAAAAUCCUGACUUUGAUAGGGUUGAUUGGUUGAACAAGUUUAUAGAACUUAUGUGGCCUUAUCUUGAUAAGGCGAUUUGUAAGACCGCGAAGAACAUUGCGAAACCCAUAAUUGAAGAGCAGAUUCCAAAAUAUAAAAUUGAUUCUGUUGAGUUUCAGACGCUCACUCUCGGGACCCUGCCCCCAACUUUUCAAGGAAUGAAAGUUUAUGUGACUGAUGAGAAGGAGUUGAUUAUGGAGCCUUCUAUAAAAUGGGCUGGAAAUCCCAAUGUCACCAUUGCUGUUAAGGCAUUUGGGUUGAAAGCAACCGUUCAGGUUGUGGAUUUGCAAGUUUUUCUUUUGCCUCGCAUUACAUUGAAGCCUUUGGUUCCAAGCUUUCCUUGCUUUGCCAACAUCUAUGUCGCUCUCAUGGAAAAGCCACAUGUUGACUUUGGGCUAAAGCUUUUAGGGGCUGAUCUUAUGUCUAUUCCUGGUGUCUACAGGAUUGUUCAGGAGCUUAUCAAAGAUCAGGUUGCAAACAUGUAUCUGUGGCCCAAAAACCUGGAAGUUCAAAUAUUAGAUAUGGCAAAAGCUAUGAGGAGGCCCGUUGGAAUUUUACAUGUAAAGGUUCUGCAUGCUAUGAAGUUAAAGAAGAAAGAUCUUCUGGGUGCAUCUGAUCCUUACGUGAAACUAAAGCUUACUGACGAUAAGAUGCCAUCAAAAAAGACUACUGUAAAGCACAAGAACUUAAAUCCUGAAUGGAAUGAAGAAUUUAAUUUGGUAGUCAAAGACCCGGAGACCCAGGUUUUACAGCUCAAUGUUUACGACUGGGAGCAGGUUGGGAAGCAUGACAAGAUGGGUAUGAAUGUGAUCACUUUAAAAGAAGUUUCCCCUGAAGAACCUAAACGUUUUACUCUGGACCUUCUAAAAACUAUGGAUCCCAAUGAUGCUCAAAAUGAGAAAUCGCGAGGACAGAUUGUUGUGGAAGUGACUUAUAAACCCUUAAAUGAAGAGGAGAUGGGCAAGGGCUUUGAUGAGACACAGACAAUUCCUAAAGCUCCCGAAGGCACUCCAGCUGGUGGAGGUCAACUUGUAGUUAUAGUCCAUGAAGCUCAAGAUGUUGAGGGGAAGCAUCACACUAAUCCACAAGCACGUCUUAUUUUCAGAGGGGAAGAGAAAAAGACUAAGCGCAUAAAAAAGAACAGAGAUCCAAGAUGGGAAGAUGAGUUCCAAUUUAUAGCAGAGGAGCCUCCUACCAAUGAUAAACUACAUGUGGAGGUUGUCAGCAGUUCCUCACGAACCUUGCUUCAUCAAAAGGAAUCACUGGGUUAUGUCGACAUCAAUCUCGGGGAUGUUGUUUCUAACAAGAGAAUCAACGAGAAGUACCAUCUUAUAGAUUCUAAGAAUGGUCGCAUCCAGGUAGAGUUGCAGUGGAGAACUGCAUAAGCAUGAUGGUGAAAUUCUCCAUACAUAUGUACUUCUGAUUCCACCCUCACCCCCAAAACCAUCUCUUAAAUUUUAGUCUCCGUGCAGUGUAACAAAAACAGUGAGAAGGGCAUUUCUUGUAUUCUUGAGUUAGACUGAUUUUAUUUGUCAAUCAUGUACAUGCCUGUGAUAAAAAAGAAAGGUUUGUUUGAAUAGCAAAAGAACAUAUUUGUUUUGAUUUGGAUAUAUACCAGCAAGGGUUUCGGUCCCGUGGAUAAAUAUUCUGUUCUACUUAUUCA